UAAAUCCUAAAGAAGAAAAAACAAUAAUUCGCGAUUAAUAUACCCUCUUAGUAUUAUUAUUUUAUCCACAAAAUUAUAAGUCAAUCCCAACCGUCAAACAUGGAGUCUAUUCUUUCUUUUCCUUCCAUUACUCCAACCUUCGACCCUCACCUUCCCCGGCGCCAUCUUGUUUUCCGUUCAAAUUAUUGCCCUGAAAGGAACACACUACUGCGAUGCCAAGCAGAAAACUCUACCAACAAUUCACCCGCCAAUCGAGAUGCCAAGCCCCAAAAUGGGCUGCUCAAAGUGGCAUGGUAUGCCUCGGAAUUUCUCGGCAUAGCUGCCUCUUUUCUCCGUUCUCCAAAAGAAACUGACGAUAAAGAAAGAAAUUUGGAGCUUGCUGUUGAUGGGUUGGGUAAAAUUGAUCGUGCCGCAAUCGUGGAUACCAUCAAAGAGGACUUCCAGAGAUCUUACUUUGUCACAGGAAAUCUGACUCUUGAUGCUUAUGAAUCGGACUGUGAGUUUGCCGACCCUGCAGGUUCCUUCCGAGGGCUAAGUCGAUUCAAGAGGAAUUGUACGAAUUUCGGAUACCUUAUUGACAAAUCAAAUAUGAAGCUUAUGAAAUGGGAGGAUUUUGAGAACAAAGGAAUCGGACACUGGCGUUUCAGUUGUGUUAUGUCGUUUCCAUGGAAGCCCAUUCUUUCAGCUACUGGUUAUACAGAGUACUAUUUCGAUGAAAAAUCUGGAAAAGUAUCCAGUUCAUCUUGACAAACCAAAAAGAGCCGUUAAGAUCUCACCGGCAUGGCCCGCUGAGAGAUUGCAUUGGGCAUAUAAAGCUCGAUCCAAUUGUAAUCUUACUGCUUGUAUAGGCUGAUGACUAUAUGCAUUAUUGGAGUCCUUUUUUUUUUUUUUUUUUCCUUGAUGAAUUAAGCUCCUUGUACAAAUGAAAUAUACAGAAUGCAUUACAGAUGAUGAGAUGACAACACUUCAUUGACUGGUUUACCUUUGUGCAUUAUUCAACAUCUAAUGAAAUCUUGACAACUGGUAAUCUAUCAAAAAAACUAUCAAA